GUGGGUAAGGGCAGCAGAUGCUCAUGUUUUAAGCAGUCAGAGAUAGUAAGAAGCUCUUGCUUCAUUUUCCUCCCUAUUAUCUGCCCCAAUCUCCUCCUUUGGAGCUGCGACUGACUAACCGAUCUCAACGCCCCAGUUCCAGCCCUCCCCAGGCGCUUCUCAGGCUGGGGCGCCGCGGCAGCGCUGGGGUCCAGGCAGGGCAGAUGUUCGCCGGCAGUCACUUAGCUGGGUGGUGAAAACAAAAAUGCAGCCUAAUUGGUCAGUGGCCUUUUCUAGUGAAUGAAGGAGGUUUCUGUUUUAAGAACUAAAGUGACUUCUCGGCUGUUGAUUCACUGCCCACAGGGAGAUUUCUGAAACGAGGCUUCCUAGCUUGGGUAGAAAUUUGCAUACAACUUCCACUUCCUGCUCAGAGCCUGUUCGACGACUUACCUGGGCCCGGGCAGGGAGGAGGGAGGCCGGGAGCCACCGAAGGUGGAGACACAGGAGGAGAGAGAGCGGGACCACCCUGGGGCCUGGCCUGUCUGUGCGCGGAGGUUCGAAGAAACUAGAAUGCGCCGAAGCAUUCCCGUGGAGGUUGAUGAAUCAGAACCAUACCCAAGUCAGUUACUGAAAUCAAUCCCACAAUAUUCCCCGGAAGAGGAAUCAGAACCACCUGCUCCGAACAUAAGGAACAUGGCGCCCAACAGCCCGUCUGUGCCCCAAAUGCCUCACUAUUCCUCGGGAGACUUUUCCCAGGCUUACCCACCCCUGAAACUUGCAAAUCACCGGCGCCCUGUGUCCCAGGAGGUCACCUGCCUGCGCACUAAAGUUCUGGAGGAGAGCGAAGACAGCUUCUGGAGGAGACACCCAGACCCGGGCAAAGAUCUUCCCUCGGGCUCUUCUGCAGCCAGCGAGUCUAAGUCUGAGUCUGAGUCUUUGGUUGGAGCCUUCCCGCCGGAGCAUCAGUUUUUAUUUAUGGAAAAACGCAAUCAAUGGCUGGAAUCUCAGCUUUCAGCAGCUUCUCCUGACACUGGCCAUGACUCAGACAAAUCAGACCAAAGUUUGCCUAAUGCCUCAGUAGACUCCUCGGGCAGGAGCCAAGAGAUGGCCCCACAGCCCCAGCUUCAGCCCCACAGGAACCGAGCAGCCCCGGAUCUGCCUACAAUAGACACGGGGUAUGAUUCCCAGCCCCAGGACGUCCUGGGCAUCAGGCAGCUGGAAAGGCCCCUGCCCCUCACCUCCGUGUGUUACCCCCAAGACCUUCCCAGACCUCUCAGGUCCAGAGAGUUCCAUCAGUUUGAACUUCAGAGGUAUCCAGCGUGUGCACAGAUGCUGCCUCCCAACCUCUCCCCACAGGCUCAGUGGAACUAUCAUUACCAUUGUCCCGGAGGUCCCGAUCACCAGGCGCCAUAUGGCCACGACUACCCUCGAGCAGCCUACCAGCAAGCCAUCCAGCCGGCUCUGCCUGGGCAGCCCCUACCUAGAGCCAGUGUGAGAGGCGUGCACCCUGUGCAGAGGGUCGUCCUGAAUUAUCCUAGCCCCUGGGACCAAGAAGAGAGGCCCGCACAAAGAGACAACACCUCCCCAGGACUCCCGAGGUAUCAGGACCAGCUCUAUAACCAGCCACCUAACAGAGCUGGAGCUCCUGAGGAGUCCUUGGAGUGUCCUGCAGAGUUGAGACCACAGGGUCCCCAGGCUCCAUCCCCAGCGGCUGUGCCUAGACCCCCUAGUAACCCUCCCGCCAGAGGAACUCUGAAAACAAGCAAUUUGCCAGAAGAAUUGCGGAAAGUCUUCAUCACUUACUCUAUGGACACAGCCGUGGAGGUGGUGAAAUUUGUGAAAUUUUUGUUGGCAAAUGGCUUCCAAACUGCUAAGACAGUGAUGAUAAUCGUAGCAAUCAGCCCCAAAUACAAACAGGAUGUGGAAGGCGCUGAGUCGCAGCUGGACGAGGAUGAGCAUGGCUUACAUACUAAAUACAUUCAUCGAAUGAUGCAGAUUGAGUUCAUAAAUCAAGGAAGCAUGAAUUUCAGAUUCAUCCCUGUGCUCUUCCCAAAUGCUAAGAAGGAACAUGUGCCCACCUGGCUUCAGAACACUCACGUCUACAGCUGGCCCAGGAAUAAAAAGAACAUCCUGCUGCGGCUGCUCAGAGAGGAAGAGUAUGUGGCUCCUCCCCGGGGGCCUCUGCCCACCCUUCAAGUGGUACCCUUGUGACACCUUCCAUCCCCAGAUCACCGGGCCACGCCACGUCUGGGGCCCUGUUCUGACAAGCACGCCUCUAGCUGAGGCUGUUUGUUUUCAGUCCCUCUCAGAGGGGCCCUCCUACCCCAGAAAACCUGUUCUGCAGAGCACUCUCCCUCCUGGGACCUCACUGACCCUGUCUUUGAAACGGAGGCCGUGGCUGCUCUGCAUUCCCUGCUUCUGAAACUCACUGCAUGUUCCUCCUAGCAGUCCGACGUGUCCAUUUGGGGCCUCUCGGUGCUUAGCAAGUAGAUAAUAUAAGUGAUGUUGCAAUAAAUGUAAAUGACCCCACUCUCCCAUUGCUUAAGGCUACUUUUAUGAGUUAGCCAGAUGCUUGUGUGUCCUCAGACCAAACUGAUUCAUGUACAAAUAAUAAAAUGUUUACUCUUUUGUAA